AUGUCCACACGGUCAGGGAAGGGUUACUCGACAGGAAAGAAGUCGACCGCAACAAAAGGAACAAGCGCGAGGAAAGUCAAGGAUAAGGUUGCGUCGCCUGCUCCUAGGAAGAAGCUUGAAGCUACUUUUGACGAGUGUACCACCGGUGAUACAGAAGGAGGAGGGUACAGUAGCGACGAUUGGAACUUCGAAGACGGUGAAGAUUGUUUGGGGCAGUCCGACCGAUCUGCGUCCACAGCUGGAUCUCGCAGAGUGAAGCUUUCACUUAAUAUCCAGAAGAGUCUAUUGGAAGACAUUUUGUUGGCUGGAGGGAUUGACAAGUUUGACCUAAAGUCGCAGCAAGCGCUCUCAGAGCUGUGUAUUCAGAGGCCAGAGCUCUACGGACAAAGAGGUGACCAAGUCCGUAAAAAGAUUCAGAAGAAAGUGUACAAGUGGAAGGAAGUCUACAAGGAUUCUGACGCCAGGUCCAACACCCGACCCAGUCCCUCGUCAGUCCACGUGCCGAACGAGGUCCCUUCGUCAGGUCCAACACCCGACCCAGUCCCUUCGUCAGUCCACGUGCCGAAUAAGGUCCCUUCAUCAGUACAGAAGAGUUGGACUGCUGGGAUUCCACCGGUUGUGAAAGAGGAACGACAGUCAAAGCCCAACACUGGUACUUCCAAAAUGAGCGAGUAUCCCGAGGGUGCAAAAAUUAUCAAGGUGGAUGCUGAGCAUCCAGAGAACAACGGGCCUUUCUUCAUCUACCCAGUUCCGGAUAUGGAGGCAGCUGAAGAAGGGCACGAAUCAAAGGGGUUCUUCAUUCUCUACGCCAUGGAUGAACGCUUCUCGGAUCAUGAUGAAACCGUCAAGUGGAUCAGUGCGAAUGUUGUUGGGUCGAAGCAGAUUCACAUUAAGGUCCCAUCUUUGCCCUUCUUAAUGGCCCCGGGUGUGGAGAACCAAGAAAAGAGGUAUGAUGCCCUUAAUAAAGCACAAGUCGUCCCUCUCUGCGUUAUGAAGUCCAUCAAUGCAGGUGUUUCGUUCCUUGCUCCCCGGGAUGAUGCCACUAUUUCACACUUGGAGGCUGCCAAGAAUGAGGCUCGCAAGUGGGAGACAUGGGUCCUAGAUUUUUCAAGAGUGGAUUAUGUUGGAGAGCUGAAGUCAUCCCUCGUGUACGCUCAGGCUGGGCCAAACGAGUGCUUUAUUACGAUGUUAUCUAUAUUCGUCCGAGUGGGCGCAGGAUUCUACGGGGAAGAUAAAUAUGAAGAGUUUCUUGGCUUCAAGGUGGAAGCCGACAUUGAAAAGGCCAUGUUUGAGGCUAUGGCUAAAACCAACCCCGAUGAAGAAGAUGAUGAAGACGACGAUGUAGGUAAGCGGACUUUUGACUAUGAUACCAAUGAGUAUGGCUUCAGUCCUUUGGCAUGGGCGCAGAUCUCAGAGCUCCUUAACGUGGAAGUGAGCCGUGGUGAUAUGACGUUUGAUGAGCUCCUGGAGCGCAUGUGGAGUUAUGCCGAAUCUAUGGCUGCAAGCCCACAAAAUUUGUCUCAGAUGACUGUGGAGGAGCUCUUGGUUUGGUAUGUCCAAGCAGAAUCAGUUAGAGCGGACAAGCUUCAAAGAGCUUCAGCUUCAGCCUGA